ACAUAUUUUUCCCGGCCUGUGGCCUGCGUUUUCCCGACUUCCGCAACGCAAUGGACUCUGCUUCCGCUUCUUCGUCCUCGUCGGAGGCGGAGGAGGAGGAGCCCGGGCGCGCUCCGCCACCGCGCAUGACCACGGUCUCGCGCCACUACUUCGGCGGCUCCUCCUCCGAGAGCGACCACGACCUCCGCGUCGACAUCAUCGAGAAUAUAGAAGAGGAUUACGGGAUGUUCGUCUGGCCAUGCAGCGUCAUCCUCGCGGAAUACGUGUGGCAGCAGAGGCCGCGCUUCUCCUGCUCCAGAGUUGUCGAGCUUGGUGCAGGAACCUCGCUGCCAGGUAUAGUAGCUGCAAAAGUUGGAGCAGGUGUUACGCUGACAGACAUUGCACAUAAUACAGAAGUGCUGGACAACAUCAAGCAAGUAUGCGGCCUCAAUAAUGUGAACUGUACGGUAUUAGGACUUACUUGGGGAGAUUGGGAUGAACCUGUUUUUGAUUUGCACCCUGAUAUUAUUCUCGGAGCCGAUGUGCUUUAUGAUUCAGCAAAAUUUGAUGAUCUCUUCGCAAUGGUUACCUUCCUGCUGGAAAAUUCUCCUGGGGCAGUGUUCAUCACCACAUACCACAAUCGCAGUGGUCAUCACUUGAUUGAAUUUUUGAUGGUGAAGUGGGGUUUGAAAUGUUUGAAGCUUCUGGAUGGCUUCUCUUUCCUUCCCUCUUGCAAGGCUGAUUCACUACGGGGAAAUAUUCAGCUCGUGGAGAUUGCACUUGAGAAGGAAAAACCUAAAUGAUCUUCAGGCAACCAACUGGAGUACAUUAGCUUCAUGUUAGUUAUUAGAUAGGAAAUGCUGCAUCUGGUGUUCCAGCCUUUGCAGGAGUUGGCUGAGAGCACAACCAACAAGGACAUGAUAAUGCAAUGUUUGGGCCUUCACUACAUAUGACUGUACAUUAGGUAACUCCAGAGUCUCAUGAAAUCAUCCACAAGAACUUUACGCUUGAAAGGAUUUGUUUAUGGGAGUACCUA